AUGGCCGAACCUUCUUCUCUCGAUGUUUUACUGAAAGGCAGCUCCGGCCGGAAUACGCGCGGUCUCUUGCGGAUCGUCAUCCUUUUGACCGUUGCGGCUGCUGCGGUCGCGAGUCGUCUUUUCAGUGUAAUCCGCUUCGAAAGUAUUAUUCACGAGUUCGAUCCAUGGUUCAACUUCCGAGCAACGAAAUACUUGGUUGAAAAUGGUUUCUAUAGUUUCUGGGAUUGGUUUGAUGACCGAACCUGGCAUCCCCUGGGCCGUGUCACUGGUGGCACCUUGUACCCGGGGCUGAUGGUGACCAGCGGUGUGAUCUGGCACGUCCUUCGACUCUUGACAAUCCCCGUCGACAUUCGAAAUGUUUGCGUUAUGCUCGCCCCGGGUUUCUCUGGUUUAACCGCUCUGGCCAUGUACCUGCUGACCUGUGAGAUGUCGACGUCUCCUUCAGCUGGUCUUUUAGCUGCGGCAUUCAUGGGUAUUGCACCCGGCUAUAUCUCUCGAUCUGUUGCCGGUAGUUACGAUAACGAAGCAAUUGCCAUCUUUCUGAUGGUCUUCACCUUCUACCUUUGGAUCAAGGCUGUCAAGAAUGGCUCUAUCAUGUGGGGUGCAUUGACUGCUUUGUUCUACGGAUACAUGGUGUCUGCAUGGGGUGGCUACGUCUUUAUCACUAACAUCAUCCCCCUGCAUGUGUUCGUCCUCCUCUGCAUGGGACGAUACAGCUCCCGCGCAUACAUUGCUUACACCACGUGGUAUGCUUUGGGAACGCUUGGUAGCAUGCAAAUUCCCUUCGUUGGAUUCCUGCCUAUCCGUAACAGCGACCACAUGUCGGCCCUUGGUGUCUUUGGAUUGAUUCAGCUGGUGGCAUUCGCUGAAUUCGUUCGAGGGUUCCUCCCCGGCAAGCAGUUUCAGAGACUGCUUACUUCCAUGGUUCUCCUUACCUUUGGCAUUGGCUUUGCCGGUCUGGUGCUGCUCACCGUUUCUGGAGUCGUCGCCCCAUGGAGUGGUCGUUUCUAUUCGCUGUGGGAUACCGGCUACGCAAAGAUCCAUAUUCCCAUCAUUGCAUCUGUGUCUGAGCAUCAGCCCACAGCCUGGCCAGCCUUCUUCUUCGACCUGAAUUUCUUGAUUUGGCUCUUCCCCGCCGGUGUCUUCAUGUGUUUCCAGAGCCUGAAGGAUGAGCAUGUGUUUGUGAUCAUUUAUGCCGUUCUUUCGAGCUACUUUGCUGGUGUCAUGGUUCGUCUGAUGCUGACUCUCACUCCAAUUGUCUGUGUUGCAGCUGCGAUGGCCCUGUCCGCCGUCCUAGACAAUUUCUUGACCCUCGGGAAGCCCACACCUCCAUCGAAGGUAAAUGCAGACGGCUCAAAGUUCUUUGGCUCUGGGAAAGGGCCCAUGGUUGGUAUCUACUCCUCCAUCUCCAAGCUGUUCGUUUCGGGCACGAUCACCCUUUACCUCCUCAUCUUCGUCGCUCACUGUACUUGGGUUACUUCCAAUGCAUACUCAUCCCCCUCCGUUGUUCUGGCAAGCCGCAUGCCCGAUGGAAGCCAAUUCAUCAUUGAUGAUUACCGUGAGGCCUACUACUGGCUGCGUCAGAACACCCCUGACAAUGCAAAGAUCAUGUCCUGGUGGGAUUACGGCUACCAGAUCGGCGGUAUGGCUGAUCGCCCCACUCUGGUUGAUAACAACACUUGGAACAACACCCACAUUGCGACUGUUGGCAAGGCCAUGAGCUCGCGUGAGGAGGUCAGUUACCCGAUCCUUCGCCAGCAUGACGUUGACUACGUCUUGGUUGUGUUUGGUGGAUUGCUAGGCUACUCUGGCGAUGACCUGAACAAGUUCUUGUGGAUGGUCCGUAUUGCCGAGGGUAUCUGGCCUGAUGAGGUGAAGGAGCGUGAUUUCUUCACCUCUCGUGGCGAGUACCGCGUCGAUGAGGAGGCCACUCCCACCAUGCGCAACAGCUUGAUGUAUAAGAUGUCUUACUACAACUACCAAUCCCUCUUCCCGGCCGGCCAGGCUGUCGACCGGGUCCGUGGCGUGAAAUUGCCAGCGGAGGGCCCACAGCUCAAUACCCUCGAAGAGGCUUUCACCAGUGAAAACUGGAUCAUUCGUAUCUUCAAGGUCAAGGAUCUGGACAAUUUUGGCCGCGAUCACAGCAAUGUGGUCGCCUUCGACAAGGGUCUGAAGAAGAAGCGUGCGACCAAAAAGAAAGGCCCUCGCGUUCUGAGAACGGAGUAG